AUCUCUCUCAUCUUCUUCCUCGCAUGAAGACUGUUUUAAAGUCUGACAGACUUCCUGCAUGGAUGGAGGAACCAUGUAGCGCAUUUUCUCCACAAAGCAAGCAUUGACGUUCCUCUCUGUGACUGCAGGACGAAGAUUUUCUCCGCAGGUGUCACAUGCAUGCACAGUACUGUUGGCCGUGCUCUAAUUGAGGAAUAUCGGACGCAAAGACUGGAUGUGAAAGAGCAUUUCUUCGCAUCCGCGUUCACUUCUGCCCUGUCGCCGGUUUGAACGCCAAAAGGGAGGAAGUCAACUCUUAUUUCUAUCAUGUGGACGUUCCUGCAAACGUGUAGCUGCUGGAUUUUCCUCCUGGUCGUUUCCUCCAUCCUUCUCCGGACAGAGUGUCAUCCCGCAUUGACAGGAAGCCAAACUGAGUCUCAUGCCCCUCCUGUCCAAGGCCUUCACACAGCUGGCGAAACACGACCGCGGAGAGCUGCUACUGAGGAUACCUACUGGGCGUACUCAGGUACAUAUGGACCAGAUGAGGGCUGGGCAUCAGCCUUCCCAGAAUGUAAGGAAAGAAACCAAUCACCAAUCAAUAUUGUGGACCAAGAUACCAAAGUAUCCACUGAGUUUCAGGAACUGACACUGGAGGGCUUCGAUACGGAAUCUUCAAACAAGACAUCAAUGAAGAACACUGGCAAAACAGUGGCCAUUGUGCUCAAAGAUGAUUAUUUUGUGAGGGGAGCAGGUCUACCAGGGAGAUUUAAGGCAGAGAAAGUGGAGUUUCACUGGGGGCCAAGCAACGGAUCAGAGGGCUCUGAGCACAGCAUCAAUGGCCGACGUUAUCCAGUGGAGAUGCAAAUCUACAUGUACAAUUCGGAUGACUUUGACAGCCUCAGUGCAGCACUCAAGGAGAAAAGAAUCAUCGCAGCCAUGGCGGUUUUCUUUCAGGUUGGAGGAAAUGACAAUCCUGCUGCUGAUCCUAUAAUCCAUGGCUUGAAGGGUGUGGUCCAUCACGAAAAAGAGACAUUUUUGGAGCCCUUUGUCCUGAGGGACCUGCUGCCAUCCUCACUGGGAAGCUACUAUCGCUACACAGGGUCCCUGACUACCCCUCCUUGUAGUAAAAUAGUGGAAUGGCUCAUCUUCAACAGGCCAAUAUAUGUCUCCUACAAACAGUUAGAGGCUUUUUACUCUAUCUUUACCACGGAGCAACAGGACCAUGUUAAGUCGGUGGAAUAUCUGCGCAGCAACUUCAGACCCAUUCAGAGGCUGGACAACCGCCAUGUGUUCAAGUCAGCGGUUAAAGACGCCUGGCAGCCUGACCUGUCUAACAACGCAGGUGGGCCUUAUGGGACAGAGGCUUCCAGAGUGUGCAGCAGCGCUCCAUUUAACAUGAAGGUGCGACACGUGAAUGGAAGCGCCCUGGUGGUUCGCUGGGCACGUCCGGAGGUCAUAUACCACCCACCCAUUCUCCACUUCCUGGUGUCCUACAGCUGGACAGCUCAUGACGACAGCUACGAGGAAACACACCUCACUGAUGCGAAACACAUAAUGGAGGCUGUCAUCUCCCCCGUCUCACCGGAUGUGUUGUACCUCUUUCGGGUUCAGGCUGUCUGCACCAAUGACAUGCGAAGUGAUUUCAGUCAAAGCAUGCUCUUCAGAGCAAACACCACAAGGAUCUUUGAGGGAACACGGAUCGUAAAAACUGGAAUGCCCACAGUUUCACCAGCAUCUUCAGCUGACAUGGCUCCCAUCUCCUCUGGUUCAUCCACUUGGACCUCCUCUGGCAUUCCCUUCUCCUUUGUCUCUAUGGCAACGGGCAUCAGCCCUUCCUCCAGUGGUAGUCAGGCAACAGUGGCAUCGGUGGUGACCAGUGCUUUACUCGCUGGUCUUGGCUUCAGUGGGGGAGUCAUCUCGUCUUUCCCCAGUUCAGUUUGGCCAAGCAGAGCACCAACACACAAUCUUGUGCCCCGGCCCAAACCCAUCAUGCCCAAGGAUGUCUGUCCUCCUGUUGUCACAAAAGAGAACAGAGAGGCAGGGAGUGAUGACAGUGGCAAUAACAAGGGUCACGGAGAUGAUGAAGACAGAGAAGGGGAGGAUAGAGAGGAGGAAAAAAAGGACAAAAAUCAGAAGAAGCAAAAGAAAAGAUCAGCAGCAGAGGAAGAAUGGAAGGACAAAAGCAUGGCAAGGAAUGAGCCAGCCAGUCCCAAACCUAAUGGGAAUGCAGAGGAGAACGUAGAUUCAACAAGUAGGCCACCUGUUGACAACCUAUUUGACUGUAACCACACCACCAUGGAAGCAUUUCUGGCUCCUGAGGUUUCCCCAGUGACACUUAGUUGGGAAAGCUCGCCCUUCUCUGUUUAUACCGGCAAUUCUACGACAUUCAUCAACCCGAACCACCAUGUGAGAGUGAGAGCUGGGUCACGACUGGACUGCAUGGACUGGAUGAUACCUUUGAUAGGGGUCUCAGCUGUAACCUUCCUAUCUCUUGCUCUGCUGCUGGCUGUACUCAUCUACUGCAGACGCUGUUUCCAGAGAGCGUAUCUUCACGUAGAGGACAGCAGCUCACGCAAAGUAGUGGCCAAUGGGACAAUCCCUGUCACUCCCAUCCCAGAUGAUCUGGGAGUUAUUCCAGUGAAACACUUCAUCAAACAUGUCUCAGAGCUCUGCUUGAAAAACUUGCAUGGAUACUCACAAGAUUUUGAGGAGAUUCAGCACUGCCCUGCAGAGUUAAAAAUCUCAGCGCACUCCAACCAUCCUAACAAGUACAAGAACAGAUACGUCAACAUAGUCGCCUAUGACCACAGCAGGGUAAGGUUAAGACUGCUGGCUGGCAAGGAUUCCACACACACCGACUACAUCAAUGCGAACUAUGUGGACUGCAAUGCCAGACACGUGGAAUGCCUCAGUGCUGAAAAGGAGUACAACAAAGAGAAAAAACGAAUUUCGUCUGUGGUACCAUGUUUGGAGCGGUAUCAGCCAGCUUGCUGUGUGCCCUUACUACACUUCUGCACCAAGAAAAUCAGCUUUGGGCCUCUUGACAGGAACGCUAACAGGACCAUGACAUCCUUGUCCGAUCAGUCUCACCAGGCAGAGACCAAGGAGUCACGAGUGUGAUCUCAGGGGCCUGAGCUGGACUGAGAGCACCCUGUGGAUCCAAACAUCUUCACCCCCUCAACUCCUGCAGUAUUAAAAGGAGGCAUUAAACUUUGUAAGCUGUCAAGUAACUUUCGUGGAUAAGACAUUUUGAGGCCUUUUGCCAGACUCUUGGUUAAAAUUAAUAACUUAAUUACUUUUUUAAACUGAUAAAAAGAUUUUGAUAUUUAUUUUUUUCACCAUUUUAAUGUCUUAAUGUCCUCCUAUUGAAGGGGUGCCACUUUUUUGAGUUUCACACAAGAUACACUUCUCCGUCUUGUGUAUUUUCACUAUAUAAUGUCACUGUUACUGCCUACGCUAAACCCAACUCCUCGCUCACUCAAGUUGAUUGUUUUGACAUUUUGGCAGCCUUGUUCCCUGCAAAGCCACCUGCUUCUGUGAAGGACAUUGCCCUGCGGGCGCCUAUCAGUGGUUUUAAAGCAGCAGACACAAGAGGUCAAACUGUUCUUCACCAGUCACUAACUGGUGUUUGAUGACAGUAACCUCUUUUUUCUGCUCUUCUAUCCCACUUAAAUUAACACCCAAAGUCAUAAAAACAGUAUGUUGGAACAAAAACAGUAUGUUGGAACUAACAUGAGCUCAUUUCUAAAUAAUGACAUUUUUUCUAGCUUACACAACGAACUGCAUCACAGACAAACGCUGCUGUUGUACUCAAGGACUCAUUCUGCACUGUCAUUGGCUGACACUUUCUCCUAGCUCACAGUGUGCCCUAGCAAACUUCACCAACAAAGGCGAGUUUGCUACACUGCCCUGAUUCUCCUCACUGAAUGCCGACAACACCAGUAAGCAUCAGCUUGCAAGAGGAGUGAUCGCAUUACUUAAUUUACUUUACUUUUUACUUGUUUUUAUUUUGUGCAUGGAUGUACUGUUGAGUGAGCAAGUGUGCCAUGUUCUUGAUGGAUCAUUUUCAGUCACUCUAUUAAUUUCUGUCCUUCCAAUGAAACUGUCCUUCUAAUGAAGAAUGGCAGACCUUUGGAAGUUUCUUCAAAGAAGAACAAGACAAUGAGGAGACUAAUAAUAUAUUUUUUAAAAAAACAGCAUCAGUUCUUUGAAACGCAAGCAGCCACAUGGAACAAGGUGUGAGAUGUGCAUGAGUGUGUAUGAAAAAAUUGUUCCACAGAAUUGCAACUUCAGUUGUAAGCAAGAAAUUGGAAGUUCACAUUUUUUGCAUAAUCGUGCAGCCCUAGUUGAAACUUAUUAUCCCAGCGAAUGAAUUUCCUUUUUAUGUUUUUAUGUUUUUUGUGUUUUACAUUAGUAAAUCACAUCAUGUUAGAAUAGGUGGUGUUACAUAUUGUAAACUUUUAUUUCUUUGUACAGUAUAAGUUACUGUCUCAUUUUUGGAAACA